AUGGAAGACGGCACAAAAUCUUUAUUGGAGUACAACAUUCCCGAUACCGCAACCGGGCUCCUAUCCAGCAUUGUCAGACCACCUAUUACCGCUCAGAGCUUUGAAUUAAAACCUCAAUUCAUACAGUUCAUCUCCAAUGACUCAUUUGCAGGCACACCUGUUAGUCACAUAGAAAGUUUCUUGGAGAAGUGUAACACCAUAAAGCUCAACGGUGUCACUGAUGAUGCUAUCAAACUUUGUUUGUUCCCUUUUUCACUACGGGAUAGAGCAAAGGAAUGGUUACGAGACGAAGGUAUAGGUUCCUUUGAUACAUGGGAUAAGCAUGCCAAAGCUUUCUUAGUAAGAUUUUUAGGGCAAGAGAAGACUGCAAGGUUAAGGAACGAGCUAGCUACCUUUCGUCAAUCUGAUGAUGAGUCCUUAUAUGAGGCAUGGAGAAGAUUCAAGCGCUUACAGAGACAAUGCCCUCAUCACAGUAUCCCAGAGUGGAUGUUAAUCCAAACAUUCUACAAUGGUCUGACCCAUGAGUUCCGCAUAUACAUUGAUGCUACAUCCGGGGGUUCUCUCAUGACUAAGAACUCAACUGAAGCCAAAGAGCUAAUUGAGAAGAUGGCAGCCAAUGAUAAUUAUCAUCCAGGAGGUCGACAUAGUGUGAAGAAGGGAGGUAAAUUAGAUGUUGAAGCUCUAACUCUUUUGACUAGCUCUGUGCAGGAAUUAACAAGCAAGUUUGACAGACUCCAAGCCGGAACAUCUACUAGCUUACCGGAGACCUGUCAGAUGUGUAAUGUGCAGGGUCACAUUGCACCUAAUUGCCCCAAAAUUUCCAGUGAGAUGUCAAUUGAGGAGGCCAAUUCUUUCUACACCUCUAAUCCUAAAAGGUCGUAUGAUCCUCAUUCAAACACAUACAAUGAAGGGUGGAGAAAUCAUCCGGACUUCUCUUAUAUGAACACUCAAGCUCAAUUGAAUUCUCCGUCGCCACCACCUAGUUUUCAAGCAAGGGCAUCUUUUAAUCACCAACCCAUGAAUCAACAACUACCACCACAAACUUCAAAAUACAAUCUUGAUUCCAUUAUGGAGACUUUCACUUCUUCCCAACUUCGACAGCAAGAGCUUAUGACAAAGCAAUUUGAGCUACAAGCAAAGCAAAAUGAACACUUUGAAAGCUCGAUUCAAAUGCUUAUUGCUCAAAAUAAGGGGAGAGAAACUCACCUUUCCCAACUUUCAGAACAAGUGAGUCAUUUAUCAACUCUUCAUGAUCAAGCAAAAGUCCAAAAGGAACAAUGCAAUGCAGUUUUCUUGAGAAGAGAUGAAUUAUUUUCGAGGAAAAUAGAUGAGAAAGUGUGUAGUGUGCAGUCCUUGGUAUUGAUUAUGGUUUGCUUUUCCCCAUGUUAA